AUGCCUGCUCACCACAACGCCCCAGCCUCAACUGGCUCCAAGAGUCUGACUUUCCAAGCAGCAUAUACUACUGAAACGUCUACCGGUCGACGACGCGAAAAGUUCAAUUGCCUCACUUCCGGUGUUGAUGAGGCUGAUCUUCGUGAAGCCACAGCAGAACUUCGAGGAUGGUUUGACCAUACCGUGACGACCGACUCCGAUGCCAAUACCAUAUAUCACGGUCAUAUCACUUGUGGCACUUCCGAACCUAGCGCAGCUCAAAGCGCUAUACAAACGAUCCUUACCACGGCUGCUUGGAAACAUAACGAAGAUAAUUCAGGCUGUAAAUACCAGUUCUUCACUGGGUGA